CGUCCUUGACAGGCAUGUUUUGGUUUCAGUGAGAUGAGAAAUAUCCACUGUUUCAGUAAAUCUGCAGACCGCUUGAUUGUCAGGAGAGCUGAAUGAACGGAAUAUGGAGAAAAGGGAGUUUGUUGCGUCUCUGGUGGCAGGAGGCUGUGCUGGGAUGUGCGCGGAUCUGACCCUGUUCCCAUUAGACACCAUCAAGACCAGACUGCAGAGUCAGCAGGGCUUCCACAAAGCAGGAGGCUUCAGGGGCAUCUAUGCCGGUGUGCCGUCUGCUGCUGUUGGAUCCUUCCCCAAUGCUGCUGCGUUUUUUGUCACCUAUGAAUACACCAAGUCCCUUCUGGGCAUCAGCGCAGCAUUCGCAGCCCCACAUGCAGCACCUGUCAGUCAUAUGCUGGCUGCCUCCCUGGGAGAAAUAGUGGCGUGUUUGAUCAGGGUGCCCACAGAGGUGGUGAAACAGAGAACCCAAGCCUCUCCUUCCUCCACCACAUAUAACAUGCUGCUGGCUACACUCAAAGAGGAGGGCGUUCGAGGUCUUUACAGAGGAUAUGGCAGUACAGUUCUCAGAGAGAUCCCAUUCUCACUGGUGCAGUUUCCUCUCUGGGAAUAUUUAAAGACACUGUGGUCACGGAGACAAGGUCACACGCUUCACUCUUGGCAGUCGGCAGUGUGCGGAGCNNCUGUAGGUGCGGUGGCAGCGUUUGUUACCACUCCUCUCGACGUGGCGAAGACCAGGAUCAUGCUGGCCAAGGCAGGCUCGGCCACAGCGAGCGGCAGCAUCCCGACAGUGCUCUACGACGUGUGGAGGAGCAAAGGCCUUCCAGGGCUGUUUGCAGGCAGCAUCCCAAGGAUAGCCUUCAUCAGCGUGGGGGGUUUCAUCUUCCUGGGAGCUUAUGAAAAAGUCCGCCACACUUUGCUAUAGCAGAGCUACAGGAAGCCAGGUCUGCUGAGGAGGUGCAGGAAGAGCCUCCCCGGAGGAACCACCUGAGGACACCUACAGGGGGACCCUGGUGUGUGUGUGCUCUUUUGCCCUGAGGACACUACAAGCUUGGUGCCCUGAGGAGUUGAGGCUGACUACAUUACCCAGAAUGCUGCAUUCCUGCACAUCAGCAGGCAGUGGAUAAAGCAGGAUGGACUGCAGCAGUAUUUCUGAUUGGGGGAAAUAUAGCAGAGCUCUGCUAUAAUGUUUAGUGAAUGGAUUUAAGAAUUAAAGACUCUUUUAUUCUUUAAGUGACUUCACUAAUUUCCUGUCAUCAUCCAGACUCCAGUUUAAUCUCCUUUUUAAUGCUUUAUCCAUAUUUUCUUAUCUGCGUUAAGCUCAGCCACCUGUGCAUUAGACCCACAAGGGAGACGCAGCAAUAUGUCACCAUUGUUAGAUUCCACCCAGAGCAGAGCUGACCUCAUCCGCCCACAGGAGCCGGAGUUUUUUCCUCCUGAGAUGCCGCCAACAAUAGAGCACUUUGUUUUAUUAACAGGGCUGUAGGUUUAUCUGGAGGUUACUCACAUGGCUUUAUUGUGCUGUUUUUCUGUAGGUAAGUGGCAAAUCAUUCUGUUUAGCGAUGGGUGUGAGCAUCAGCAUGUGGUAUCAUUUUCUAAAAUAUGUACAAAAAUAAAUCUACAACCUCUGGUGUGAGGUGAAU